CCCAAACAUGAACACACUUUUUCCUCCAUUCUCUUGAAUUUGACUCCCUUGCAAAAUUCUCUCUUCAAAUUGCUUUUCUUUGCUUAACCCCAAAGCAACCAUACUGAGGUUAAAUAUAAAGAAUAGAAAAAAAGAUAGUCUCUAGCCAUGGAUACGCUGUCAGUGAUUAUCAGCUCACCUGCGCACACUCCUCACAAGUUUACACUAUCAGUUACUCGACAGUGCACUAUACUGGAGCUCAAAGAAAUCAUUGCUACUCGAUUGGAUUCGAAACCUGUUAUCACUGAUCAACGACUUAUCUAUGGCGGGCGUAUUCUUAACGACAAAGAUUCACUUGAUCGAGUAUUUGAAAAGGUCGACUGUUCUGAUAUUUCACCCACUAUCCAUUUGGUGGUAUCACAGCGACAACACAUUAGUUCACCAGGUUCAUCUCUUCGGUUCAGAGAGAACACUAUGUCGACCGCUGCAACGCCAUUAGCAUCACACAAUUCUAGCAAUUCAUCAGUAAUCAAUGCCACCCCCUCAUUAACUCCAUUUACUUCAACAGCAGAAGUGUCAACAACAAUGCCAUGGAGCCAAGCCGAAGGUGGUAUGGUGACUCACAGCACUGUCACUUCUGUGCCGACCUUCAGCGUAUUCAUUGACCCGUUGCUCCCACCUGCUUAUGGGUUUUCUGGUUUUGCUGGAUUUGUUCCGUCUCCUGCACAACAAUCUAUGCAGCAUGUCAUUAUCAAUGGUAUGCCAUACCUAGUUCCUGCUGCGUACUUGCCGAUUCUCCAUCACCAACACUGCAUACAGCAAGCUCAAGCAUACUAUGGCAGCUCCUUCAUGUUUAAUAGCGAGGAAUCGUCCCAUACUCAGUCUGCUCAGGAUCAACAGGCGGUAGCAGGACAAGUAGAACCCAAUGUAAAUAGACAAGUUAACGUUGCGAGGGAUCAUCAACGAAGAGCUGCAUCGUUAUGGCUUUUAAUGAAGCUUGCGUUUGGCGUGUAUAUCUUCAGUCAAAACGGGAGUAUCGAGCGUAUUGUUCUAUUGCAUAUCGCUGCCCUUAUCAUCUUUCUACAUCAGACAGGACGACUCAGGAUUGUUCGGAGGAUCGUUCAUCCACCAGCAGAUGUACAACAACCUCCUGCAGCGCAGCCCGGGGCAGCACCCAUACCCACAACCACAGCUACUCAGGCUCACCAGAAUACCUCUACAACAUCAACAACUUCACUUGAUAACAACAAUGUCUUGAAUAAUUUACAGCAAGCUCCCAAUUCUACGUCAGGAAAUGAACCCCACAGCAAUGUUGGUGGUAAUGAUACCCAAGCCAUAUCUUCACCAUCAUCGGCGACCACUGUCUCGAAUGAAGUAUUAGAGGCGCAAGUUCAGACAGUAGAAGUAGAUCAACAACGCCGAGCACAACAACCGCCUGUGUCUACUUGGCGAAGCAUAGAGCAUGGGUUGCUGACUUUUAUUACAUCGCUGGUACCGGCGCCUCCACCCGAAAUUGAUCCAGCUGUUGCAAAUGCCGCAGCCGCCGAGCGAGGCAUGUAAAAUAAGGUGCUCUACACUUAAUCAACCAUAUGAAUAUUUAUGUGACAACAACAGAAGGGAGAGUAAUUGCAUAGAACACAUUUUUUGUAUGUGCCAUUAUCACAGACACUAUACUACAUUUAAAGUCUUUGUUGACAAAAGAACAUGCCUUGUUUGAAGAAUAAAAGGAC